AUGCCCCCCCCAACCCCCGCCGGCUUAAAAGGCCCCGUGGGGCGUUCUCAGAGCCACCCGGCCGGGCUGCCACGUGGCGCAGUGGGGCCGCCCCACCGCCCGCUGCGGCUAAUUGGGGCGCGUGCCGCCGCCGCCGCCGCCGCCGCGGACCCCGGCCCCUGCUCCGACUGCGGACCCCGGGCCCUGCUCGGACCGGACGCGGACGCGGACCCGGACCUGGACGCGGAGGCGGACCCCAGACCCCGGCCCCUGGCUUGGCCGGGAACUCGGACCCAGACCGGCACGCGGACUGAGAGCUCGACCCGGGACCGCUGCGCGACUCAGGACUCGGACUUGGGCCUGGGGCCCCGGCUUGGACCCCGAUCUCUGCCCUUCGCAGACCCGGCCGCGGACUCCGACUCCGACUCCAGACCUCGGUUCGGACCCCGGACUCCGUCCUGCCCCCUGCGGACCCGAUGCCCGGCCCGGGUACACCCAGCCGCAGGCUCAGACUUCAGGCUCUGCUCUGCGCGGGAUGCGGACCGCAGGCCCCAGGCCCCACGCCCCAGACCCGCUGCCGACCGGCCCCGCCCGGGCCCCGCAAGGACCCCGCCCGAGGUCCUGCGCCGCGAGCCCGGGGGCUGCCUGGUGGAGGCGCUCGCGGGCCUUCCCGCCACCACCGGAGCGGCUGCAGGCACAACCCUGUCCCUGCCCAGCCCGGACUCUGGCACCAGGGGGCUGCAUGAGACUAGCCCCGGUUGGCAAAUGAGCCUGGUCCGCGGACAGACCGUAGGCAGCCCCCAGGGCCGCGCGCGCACCUGUCCCCCUUGGGGGAAGGACCCCAGGACCCCUACAGGAGGCACCUCUAGGCAGGGCCCUUAA